AUGGUAUUCAUUUCCGAGAUUACUUACACUACCAGCUGCAACUUUCUUAAAGAAAAACUGCCAGAACACUUUCACAAUGUUCGGCUUGGCAUUAUCUGUGGUUCCGGUCUCGGUGGUCUUGUCGACACGAUUGAACAGUCGUCCAAAGUAGAGUUUCUUUAUGGUGACAUUCCUGGUUUUGUUACUAGCACAGUGAGUGGUCAUUCCGGAAAGCUGGUUUUUGGUUACCUUGGUGAUUCAAGAACGCCUACAGUAUUUAUGGUCGGCCGUAUCCAUUUGUACGAAGGCUAUUCGCCACAACAAUGCACAUUCCCUGUCCGGGUCAUGAAACUCUUGGGCGUUCAAACAUUAGUGGUGACAAACGCUUGCGGCGCACUGAAUCCAGAGUUCAAGGUCGGCGACCUGAUGGUGAUCAAUGAUCAUUUGUCGCUUGCUGCCGUGACAGCCGAGAAUCCUUUGAUCGGCCCCAAUUUGGAUACAUUUGGCCCACGCUUUCCGCCUGUCUCAGAUGCAUAUACCUACGCCCUGCGCAAAUUGGCAUUUAGAGCUGCGUUCGAGACCGGUAUCGCCAAGGAUGAUAUUCGUGAAGGUGUCUAUACUUAUUCUUCAGGUCCCAUGUAUGAAAGCCGUUCUGAAGCACGCUUCUUGAAAUCCAUCGGCGCUGAUGUCGUGGGAAUGUCGACGGUUCACGAAGUCAUUGUCGCGCGUCAUGCUGGCAUGCAGGUGCUUGGUCUUAGUCUGAUUACCAAUCCUGUCGUUGUCGCCAGGGGUAAAGAUGCUAAAAAGGAAGUAAUGACCGAGAUGGGCAUUGAGACGGUCGUUGACGAUGGUGUGGAUACCGAACUGAUUAAGGCAAACCAUGAAGAGGUGCUUGAAGCCAGUGCUAGACGUGCUGAUGAUUUGCAGCGAAUGAUGACUCGGUUCGCUGACUUGUGGGCAAAGGAGCAGUAA